CUUUCCUUUUUCUUCAUUUUUUAUUCCUCUCAUCUAAGUUGCUAGAUAUCAUGGAAAAGUUUAAAGAGAAAAUUGCAGCUCUUCGCGCUGAAGCAGAAAAUGCAACCGCUCGUGCGGACGAACUCGAAGCGCAGGUCAAACAAUUGGAAACAGAACAUAUCGCCAAGGACCAUGAGUUGUCUUCUCUUCAGAACAGAGUGAAAUUGUUGGAAGAACAGUUAGAGAAGACUGAAGAACAACUCAAAGAAGCGACCCAAAAUUUCAACGAUGCUGAUUUAAAAGCGGAGGAAUCCGAGCGCAAAGUAAUCAAACUUGAACAAGAGUUGAGUGAAAUGGAAGCCAAAUAUGAAGAGCUGGAAGAGAAGCAUAAGAGUUCAAAGGCUGAAUUAGAAGAAUUAGCACGUCAAUUCGAGGAUUUAUAAUGAAAUGAGAGCUAUAUUUAAAUAGAAGACUCCUAUUCAUGAAAUACCCUGAACAAACUUAUAUUUUUAUUCCCUCAAAUUUGAAGAAAGCAAGGAAAUAAAAAGUGGAUU